UCCUGAUAAUUAAAAAAGAAAAAAAAAGGAAAAAAGAUAUACAAAUGAAAUAAGUGCUGAUCUUAUUAUUAUUUAUCGUUAACAUCGUUUUAGAUAAGGUACGAUUAUUGAUAUUCUACGGGAAAAUAUUUAAUCUAGGGAUUUUAUGUGAUAUUUUACUUGAAUAAUCGUCAAAAAUGAAUACAAAACUGUUCUGUGUACGUUUAACAAAAUAUCACGAUUAAUCUCACCCUUGUUAUUUAUUUAUUGAACGGUUUAUAAAAAAUAAGAAAAUUUGUAUUUAUGUAGAUAGUAUAUAGAUGUCUGAAUAAUGUUUCUUUCCACGAUUAUGGCAAUAUUGUAUGCGAGGUUUAACGGUUAAAAAUAAAGCAGCGCUAGACGCGAGAAAUAAAAAAGGGGUGUACAUAAAGUUAUACAAAUGUAACGUGUUAUUACUUAUUUUCGCGAUCCCUCAAGUGAUUAAUAAAAAGAAAACUAGAAAAAUUAUAAAACCUUACGGUUCGAUAAUUCUCGAUAUAAAGAGAAAUUAAUCAAUUUCUAGUUUUAAAGGUACACGUUCAGGAUGCAGAGAAAGUGACAAGUUAUUCUUAACCACACGACCUUUCUACUGCAAUAAAAUAUAAAAUAAAUGAACGAAGAUUGAUACCUCGUAAAACGAUCAUUCGGGUAUCCCUACCAAGGAAAACUCCUUAGAAUGCCUACAGUAGUGAAUUCUUCCUUGACAUAUGAAAUUCUUAUGUACUUGAAUUCCUUUUACUUUGGUAUGUUUGCUGUGUGCGAGUUGGGCAUGGGACUCUUCAAGGCUGCUAAUUUGCCAUCUCCAGGCACGAGUACUACACUAACAGAGUUUGCGCUCUUAUUCUUCCUUAUAGCGACGGAGGGUGCCAGAAUCUAUCUAGGAAGGAAAGGAAAUUUAACAGAACGUGGCCUACCCAUUCUCAUUGGGAUUUUCUUAACGUUUCCUAGCUCUUUAGCAACUUUAUAUUUCUUAUUUUGGCAGAAUUAUGUGCUUAAAUUAGAAGUGAUCCUUUGUAGCAUACAAUUAGUCAUUUUAGCAUUGGAGCUUAUUAUCUCGAUCAUGUACCUUAUAGCAAUUUAUCGUCCUCCAUCUCCUAAAGAAUGAUCCGUGUAUAUUGGUUUUGAAAUAUUAGCAUGUUGCACGUCAAAAAAACUUUAUCAUAUUUUGCACUUACUUCCAUAUUACUUCUUCUUGAAUAUUCAGUUUUAAAUAACCACAUAUUUCUUAAAACAGAACAAAAUUGUGUUUAACAAAACACUUUUAGUGUCAGUGAUUUGCUAUAGAUUAAAUUAAAUCCUUUGCUCCAUAUAGUUAUACACAAAGAUUUCUAUAAACAAUCUUUCAUAUUGUUACAUUCUUAUUAUUAAAAGGUUUUUUUAUAGAUAAAACAAUUAACAAUACAGAUAGUAUAUAAAUUAUUUUUAUAUAAGAUUACAAAAAAAAAGAUACCAAAGGUAGUAUUAAUAAAAACUGCAUUUCUCACUUGACUACAGAAAAUAUUUCAAAAAUACAGUAUUGUUUUAUUCUAAAUACUACCUUUCUGGAUAUAUUAAUAUAUUUAUAGUGGUAUUAUUGAUGUUUUACUUAUAUAUUUUUAUGUAAAAUGCUAAUAUAGUGUAAAAUAAUAUUGUGUCUAUUCAAAGUAAUUAUUAACAUAAAUUUUACAAUUAUAUACAAUAUUUAGAAACAACAACAAAAACUAGUAUGAAAAGUCAUUAUGUAUUUAUAUAUAAUAUAGUUUGAUUGUGAUAACAUUGAUAUAUUAUAGUUCCUUGUCUUCAGAACAUUAUCAAAUUUAUAAACAUCAUGAUAAUAUUUUUUACUGAAAUAAAGUUAUCUUCUAUAGAAAAAGAAAAUUAACUAAAUAUUGUUUUCAUGUUAAUAUCUCUUUUACUCAUGAAUCUAAAUACAUAUUGUUAAAAAUUUCUUUCGACAAUGUAAGACCUAUUGUAGUAAAACUAUCAAAGAUCUAUUUUAAUUCUUCAGUGAUAAUAACAAUGAAAAAACUCAAAACUACUGCCACAUGUACGUGUAUUUAUCUUUCGACGUAAUUAAAAUUUUCAUGAAUAUGAAAAGUACAGUUACAAUAUCUUAAUGCAAAUUAUCUCUAAUGUUAUUUCCAAUGAAACAUUUACAUAAGUUUCUAUGUAUAUAUACUUAUAUUAAAAUAAAUAUUUUUUAAAUAAAUAACACGGUAAUGUGCCUUUCUUAUUAUUGUGAUAACUAAUAUUUUGUACAUUAAACAUAUAAAAUAAUAAUCUCUAUGUUAAAACUGCAGGUUAGUUAAUUGAAAUAAAAAAUAUUAUAUA